AUGAGCAUGCCCGACUGGAGUGGUGCUCGUGACCCCAAACAACCACAACCCGUGUGUUCCACCCUCACCAACGCCACCUUAAGCAGCCCGUCGUCCCUUUUCUGGACGGGCACGCUCGCCCGUUCCCAAACUCGUCUUUUUCGGCAAGCUGUGCAAGAAGAGAUGCGGCGUCUUCAACACCACGAUGGCCUUCCUCGCGCGGCUGCCGUGGAAAAGCUACUGGCGCGACUCACCUCCCCGGACGCCCCAUCAAAUGCAGUGUCGACAUCCUCGUACCAUAAAACAAAGCCUGUGCUCACGUCGGAGCUCCAUGCGGUCAUGGAAUGCUAUGGUCUCACACCUGAGGAAGCCCGUCGGGCCUUACUCGUGAAGAGCGCUCUGGGACAAUUAAGGCGACAAGGCUGGGACGCAUCGACGGCUUUGAUGGAGCUGACUGCACGCAUGGUGCCUUUGCGUCUGUCCUCGCCAUCUUCUCCGGCUGUUGAGCCGGGGUGGGUGCGGGAGGUGGUAGGUGAGGCGACCAGCGGUAGACGAGGGGGAGAGGGAGGAGGAGGAAAGCAAAUCGUGGAGGAGAUGAAUGGGGGUGGAGCUUCAGAAAGGAAGGGAAUGACGCACAUGGGAAGGACGGCAACGACGCAGACAGAG